AUGACAUCUAAUACAGAUACAACUCAUUUGUAUACAAUUGAAUUUUAUCGAAAAUAUCAAUAUGAAUUCAAUUCAUUUAUUCGUUUGUCAUCCAAACAUUUUUCAUCUUUAUUAUCGCUAAUAUUUUCAUACGAUAUUUGUAAUGAUACAGUGAUGAAAGUACAUUUAGAAUGUGAAAAGAUUAAACAUUUACUACAGGAAGAAUAUUGCAGGAAAAAAUAUAAUAUAUUGAACGUGAUAAUUUCUGGUAGUAGUGGUGAACAAUGGAUGCCGUAUGGUGAUUCGGAUAUUGAUCAAAUGUUUGUUGAAAAUAUAGAAGUAGGUGAAGUGGAGAAUAAUGAUGAAUUUUAUUUUGAAUAUAGUCAAUAUUCCUGUUAUGUAUUAGUGUAUCGAAAUAACGGACAACUUGUCUCCUCAUCCCAAAUUCUUAAAAAUAAAAAAUAUGUAGAAAAUUUUGAGAAAAAUACAUUGUAUGAACACGGACCAGCAUGGUGUUUAUCAACACCACUUUGGCCGACGGAUGAUCGUCUCUUAGUUAAACAAAUGGAAUCAGAUAUUGUCCCUUGUUAUAAACUCAAACAAUGGCCAAGUAUUACUCGAGAAUAUUUUAAUCGAGAAUCAAGACAGUGGCCAUCACGUGAAAUUAUUGAACAAUUUUCUCAAAAUACGAUUUCUUGUCUAUUAACACCAGUUGGAUAUAAACUGAGUGAAAAUCAUGAACAUGAGUGGAGAAUAUCAUUUUCAUUAAUUGAAUUAGAAUUAGUAAAAACAUUAAAUAAAAAUCAACGUUUGUGCUAUGUACUAUUCAAGUCAAUUUACAAAGAAUAUGUCUUAAAUGAAACAAACCGAGAGUUAUUACAAAAUAAUGAUGGAAACCGGGUUAUUUCAUCACCGCCAUUUGGUAGUUAUAUAUUGAAAAAUAUUUUUUUUUACUUUUGUGAAAAAUAUGGUGAAAAUUGGUGUUUACCAGAGACUAUUCUGGAUUGUAUUGAACAAUUAUUUAUUGAAUUAAAAAUAUGUAUCGUUAAUAGAUGUUGUCCACAUUACAUAAUACCAUCAAACAAUUUAUUGAUGGGAAUCGAUGACACGUCUUUUGCUUCAAUGAUCAAUCCAUUGAUAAAUAAGAUAAAUCGUAUAUUAGAACAUAAAAUUGAUGUGAAAAAUAUCAUUGCCAGUAAACCGAUGUUCAUGUUAUUUUUUGAAUGUAUAUUUGAACAAAUACAAAAUAAUGAUGACUAUGAACAUUUUGAUGAUGAACAUUUUGAGACUAAUUUAAGUCGUUUAAAAGAUUUUUAUUUAACGUUUGAUGAACGUGACACCAUUGUAAUGCCGUUAAUCAAUGCUUAUGAUUGCAUCUUUACACGAUUAGCUCAUGUAUUUCAUCCUAACAAAGGUUUGACGUUUGAAGACUUAAUUGCAAUAUUAGAUAUUUUAGCGACACAGUAUAAAGAACAAGAAACGAGGGAAAUCGAUGACGAAGAUGAAAUAAAUCCAUAUAUUAAUUUUACAAACAUCAUUGAACGAUGUUAUGGAAAUUUAUAUUUGCAAAAUAUUUCCUAUAUUAACGACAUUAAUGAUUCUGAAAUAAUUAUAAACACAUUAGAUAAAGUUCGUUUUCAUUAUACAAAUUCUUAUCCAUUAUUUGAUGUUAAUGAUUUUUCUUUCAAUGAUAAAUUAUCUGGCAAAGCUAUGAUUGCCUAUUUACGAUAUUGUAAUUAUAACUAUUAUGAAGCAGCAGCAUUUUCAUUAUCAGCUCUAUUAGAAAAUGAAGAAAAAUUUAUAGAAAAUUAUCUACGUAGUAUAACAGCUUUACAAAUACCCAUAUCUACAAAAUAUUGUGAUGAAAUUAUUUUAAAUUUUUUAUUUGAACAAGGUACAGACUUAAUUGAGUGUCCAAUAUUAUUUGCAUCGGCUUUACCAGUUCUCCUACAUGUGUAUAUUCAUUCAAUGAUUAAGUUAGAUUUUGACACUGAUCAUCCCGAGUUAACAACCGUUAAUUUUUCUAUUGAUGUAUGUUUUUUACUGCUUGAAUAUUGUCAGAGACAGGAACUAUUACCAUUAAACAAAUAUUUAUAUGAAAAAGCAAAGGAAAGUUACCAUGAUUAUACAAGACAAAAGCAACAAAAUCAAUCUUGUUGUUGCUGCUGGAACUUCGUAUCAAGAUAUUUAUGCUUAACAACUACUGAUCAGCAAUUAUCUACUUCUACGAAAGUACAAAAAAGAAUCUGA